UGGCGCUCGGCCCAUCAUGGCGGCGCCCAGGGAGGCACCGGAGUGGCGGCCCUUCGGGAGGCGCUUCCUCACCGACCCCGCCCGCCUCUUCCAGCACAACGCCUGGGAUAAUGUGGAGUGGUCAGAAGAGCAAGAAGCCAGUGCCAGAAGUAAAGUUCAAGAGAACAGCUCACAGCUAUUGCCACAAGAUAAACAAGAGGAAUAUGAGGUGAAUGCUAAGAGAUACUGGGAUGAGUUUUAUAAAAUCCAUGAAAAUGGCUUCUUCAAGGACAGGCACUGGCUGUUCACUGAAUUUCCUGAGCUGGCACCUAACAGGAACCCAAGUCAAAAUGGGGAUUCUGUGCAUGAAUUUAGUAACAAAGAAGAAUCCAACAAUGAAGGGCUGGGAAGCUGUGAAAAUGGACAUUGUUCAUUGGAAACCAUGGCAGACAAUCACUUAAACCUGAUAAAAACCACACCUAAGAUCUGCGCAGAGGAGCUGGCUACACAGAAGUAUAGUGAGCUGAAUCAAAGUGAUGGAGAUUACCCAGGAUCAUCUGCAUCUUACCGUAUAUUAGAGGUUGGCUGUGGUGCUGGAAAUACAGUCUUCCCAAUUUUACAAACCAACAAUGACCCAGGCCUUUUUGUUUAUUGCUGUGAUUUUUCUACAACAGCUGUGGAUCUUGUCCAGAACAAUGCAGAAUAUGAUUCUUCUCGCUGCUUUGCAUUUGUCCAUGACCUGUGCAAUGACCAAAGUCCUUUCCCAAUGCCAGACGAGAGUCUUGACGUUGUUAUCCUUAUCUUUGUCCUCUCAGCGAUUCUCCCAGAGAAGAUGCAAUGCAUCGUUAACAGACUGAGUCGCCUUCUGAAACCAGGAGGAAUGAUUUUGUUACGAGAUUAUGGCCGUUACGAUCUGGCCCAGCUUCGGUUUAAGAAAGGUCAAUGUCUGUCUGAUAACUUCUAUGUGAGAGGUGAUGGCACCAGAGUCUACUUCUUUACACAAGAUGAAUUAGAAGAUCUCUUCACAACAGCUGGGCUGGAAAAAGUCCAGAAUCUGGUUGAUCGGCGAUUGCAAGUGAACCGUGGGAAACAAAUGACAAUGUAUCGAGUAUGGAUCCAGUGCAAAUACCGCAAGCCUGCCGCCCCUCAGCUGUGAGAAAACAGGGCACGCUUUUUACGUUGGAGCCUCUUCAUGGCCAUGUGCAGUGUCUCCUCCUGGUGAGAUGUGGUUUUACGGAGUUCAGAGCGCACACAGGACCUCAGUGCCUUUUACAGUGCCUAGCAUCACUUCAAGUGAGUUUCGCUAAGGCUGAAUGCUCUAAGAGGAGACCAAGCAGUAAUUCAGAUGUCUUGCUACUGGUCUGAGUUUUUAAAAUUAUUCAUGGUUUUAACAACUUAAGAAAUGGUCAUGCUGUCUUACAGCAGCUGAGCAAGUUGAGUAGUGAGUCACUCUUACUCUGGAUUUCCACAUGAAACAGAAGAGCUUCGACCU